AUGCCCGAGCUUCCCGAGGUCGAGGCAGCUCGGCGCGCAGCGGAGGCGCAUCUGGUGGGGCGGCGGAUUCUGUCGGUAGUGGUGGCGGAGGACGCGAAGGUCCUGGACGGGUGCAGCGCGGAGGAAGUGCGCGCGGCGCUGCAGGGGCGCGUGGUGGUGGGCGCGGGGCGCAAGGGCAAGCACCUCUGGCUGCUGCUAGAUCAACCGCCUAUGCCGCUAUUCCACUUCGGCAUGGCGGGCGCGUUCGCCAUCAAGGGGGAGAACGUCGUGCGCUACAAAAGGCUGGCAGUGUCGCCAGCAGACGAGUGGCCGCCGCGGUUCCACAAGCUCGUGCUGCAGGCGGAGGGCGGGGUGCAGCUGGCCUUCACCGAUGCGCGUCGCUUUGGCCGCAUCCGCCUCGCGCCUGAUCCGUUGCUGUGCCCCCCUGUGGCGCAACUAGGUCCCGACGUGCUGCUCUCUUUGCCCGAUCCCGUCUCCUUCGCCUCUCUCCUGCGCCGCCGCUCACGGGCAGUCAAAGCUUUGCUCAUGGACCAGGCAGUGCUGAGCGGCAUUGGCAACUGGUUGGCGGAUGAAGUGCUGUACCAGUCACGAUUGCACCCAGAGACCCCCUCCGCACUGCUCUCAGAUGUGCACUGCACCGCUCUGCAUUCCUCCAUUCAGCAGGUGAUCAGCAAGUCCGUGGCAGUAGACGCGGACAGUGACCGCUUCCCACCCUCCUGGCUCUUCCAUGUGCGCUGGUCCAAGAAGCCCGGCUCCAUCGAUGCUUCAUCGCCGUGGCUGGCCGGGUAUGCUGCCUUUUAUUCUCACCCUCUUCCGUCAAUUUCCGCCUCCCCAAGAUCCUUCCCUUCUGCCCCCACACCCCACUCUUCUCUGCAGGCCAUCCGCUCAGAUUCAUCACCGUCGCUGGCCGGAUAUGCUCCCUUUCGGUCCACCCUUCGACUUCUCAUUCACCCUCUUCCAUGGAUUUUAUUUUUCCCAUGUUCGUUCCCUUCUGCCCUCACAUCGCUCACUGAACUGCAGGCCAUCCGCUCAGCUUCAUCACCGUCGCUGGCCGGGUAUGCUCCCUUCCACCCUUACCCCCUAUCACUCCCCCCCUAG